AUGGCUCCUGCCAAGGAGCUUCCACCCAACCUCAGCGAAAGCUCGCCCCCUCCUGCCCCCGAUUCUGAUACAGUCCCCGCCAUCGAGCACCCAGCCAGCAAAAUUGACAACAACAAAACCUCCCCAGGCAAGAAACGAGGACGCAAGAAAGGUAAAGGGAAAUAUCAGAAUGACAAGGCCAAGGACAAGAGCUCGAUUGCCGCUGAGGGUGGCAAAGAGAAGGCCCAGCCGAAGCAGACUUAUAUUCUGGAAGGCAGUGAUAAAUUCCCCGAUAUCAUCAUCGAGAAGCAAGAAGCCGCUGCCGAGUAUACGAAGAAAGUUCGGUCUUCGUGUUCUCACUGGGUGAUGUAUACAGACGCCUCGAGUCCAGGUUCAAGUCCGGCGGCCUCGCCUGAACCUUCAUCCCCGCUACGAGGCAGAUCUGCCUCCGUUUCGUCGUCUGAAACCGCCUCUUCAUCCUCACGAGGCAGCUCCCCAUCCGAACCCGAGUCCCCGCCAUCGCUCAUUCAAUACUCAGGAGCAGCAGUGGUUUACGAAGACAAGUCAGCUCCCACUGGAUGGUACGAGCGAGGCUUUGGUCUACAGGGUGUUGUGCGUUCUGGGGAAGCAGAGAUGUACGGAGUCGACCAAGCUUUGCAGUUGGCUUUGGACGCACUGAGCCCAGAGGACCCCCGGAAAAAGGUAUCUCUCCUAACUGACAGCCAGGAGGCACUUAGGAUGAUCAAGAAACAGCUCACGAGCAAGACGGCGAAAUUCUCGAAAGUAACAGAAGCAGCAGCUUCCAAGACAGUUAAGCUACGAGAGCGGGGAAUCCAGCUCGAACUACGAUGGGUUCCAGGUCAUACUAAACUUCCCGGUAACAUGGUCGCUGACAGAUGUGCCGCCGAUACGAGAGUAGCCUUUGAGAACAAUAAAGCGAGCAGCAUUGGGAAAAUUACUCCUUGGUCACGGCCGAAGUCAACCGUUCGGGAACGACUCCGGCGUGAGUCUGGCGACUCUUCGUCUACAUUAUCUUCGACCGGAGAUUCUUCAUCGCAAGAACCAGACUGA